AUGUCUGAAAGCAUGUGUUGCUCAUUUGACUGCAACCUCCUUGCUCGUCAUAACCUUGCCCUCAUUGACCAGCAUCAAGCUACGUAUAAGAGCGCCCAUGUGAAGGCAUUCACACUCGGUUGCAGCUUCCCGACAAUAAUCGAAUUUCCUGGUCUCCUUGCUACUGUCUCUGCACUACGCGCACAGAAUGCGGCAGAGGUAGAAGCGUAUCUGCAACGCCUACACCGACUCUUCAUCAGCAUACGACACAAAUCUAAUUAUCGCUUGCCGUCACUGGUCAUACGGCUGGCCGAGAUGGAGUCCGCCCUGGACACCAAUGCAUUUUGUAACCAGGGCGGCAACGCGUGCUGGAACCCGAAUUGGCACCUGGUCUUCCAUUACGCAGUACCUCAAUGGGGACGCGUCACACCUGAUGACGUGGCAUCCAUCUGCAAGGUACUUUGGCUUGACAGCGUGACGGAUGCGACCGUGCAAUCCAGUGCAGGAGAAUUGUGGUUCCGCCAAAAGCUCAUCGGGCAGAUGAUGUCUGCGCUGCGUUCUCUGAGCAUACGUGAUUCAACUCUAGCUGUUGGAACUCCGUUUGAAGAGCUGAAAUUCAAGCAACGCAGAAAGCAUGCAUGGUGGCGCGGAGACAUCACCGAUUUGACGAAGACGUUCGAACAAAGGGGCAGAAUGGGCUUGAAUCUGCCGUCCUUGAAGCUGGUAAGGUGCGUCAGCGAACGCGGGGAUGCUUUAGAGAGCCUGAAGCAAGCUGCUAUACGUAUGGGUGUCAAUUACACCGAUUCGGAUGGAUUUUGA